AUGCGUUGCUUCUUAUUGUUUGCCUUUGUCGUGGCUGUUUUGGUGUCGCUGGCCUACGCUCAGGAGGCUCAGGAGGAUCAGACCCAGCAGGUGCGUGAGAAGCGCCAGUUCGGCUUUGGUAGAGGAUAUGGCGGCUAUGGCGGCGGAUAUGGCGGAUACUAUGGCGGUUAUGGACAUGGUUAUGGCGGAUACGGAGGCUACGGACGUGGUGGAUUCGGCUAUGGCGGCUACCCCAGAUUCGGCGGUGGAUACGGCGGUGGAUACGGUUUCGGUGGAUUCGGUGGUUACGGCCGCGGAUACGGUUUCUACGGUUAA